UCUCUAUCACUCUCUCUAAUGAUAUCGGGUCUUCUCACCGUAUCCAUCAUCUUUAACUCUGCCCAUGGAGGUGGAGGAGGGAAGAGAUCAGCUGGAGGACCUGCCAGUCGUAGUCAGUCUGACCCUCUCUGUCGCAGUGUCCCCUACACAGUGGGGCUGUCGUUGGAGUGAGAGAGAACAGUGGAGAGGACGUGUCUUCCUCAGCAGAACG